GUCUAUCUGACAGCUCAAGCCCUAGCGGCGUUCAGUCUUGUUAUGGCGUCUAAUCAAACUUGAAUGGGAUGUGUUUUCCUCUCUCUGCUGCGUUGUGUGUUGGGAUUUGCCAGAUGUUAGCCGUUUUUUUUUUGGUUUAUCUAUAGAGAUUUUAAUGUAAAUGGAGGAAGAAGAGAGUGCGGCCGGGGCAGCACCGGGCCCCGAAGCAGACCGAGACAAACAGGGAGGUGUCGGAGAAAAGGUGUCUUAUUCGGCUGCACUGCCUGACACGGAGCUUCAUAAAACAGGGUUGAAUCAAGGAGCAGUUCACGGAUCAGGGACCUUGGGAACGGGGAUACGCGUAUUGAAGCGGAACAUGAAGCGGAAUGGGAGCCGCAGCUGUGUGACACCAAAGAGCCGGUUUGGGUCUCGGGAGCGGGACUGGCUGAAGGAGGAUCCUCAGAGAGGCUGUGUGUUCUUGCACGGGGGUGGUGACCCCCAGCUGCCCUGCUCCUCCGGCCCCCCCUCCUCCUCUACCUCACAGUCAGACCUGCGCCUGGUCCUGUGCACCACCAACACCACUGCUGCGGAGCUCUGUGCACAGGGCAAUAGUGAGGGGCUCUACCUGCAGCUGCAUGGGGAUCUCAUCAGGAGGCUGGACCCCAAUGAGCGCCCUCUCCAGAUCGUGUAUGAUUACCUGGCAGCAAUGGGUUUCGAGGACCCAUUCCGCAUACAGAACGAAGCUGCUAAUUCUGACCUCAGCUGCAUGAUGCGCUUUUACAGUGAGAAGCCUUGCAGUGCAGAUCAACUGGAGCGCAUUUUGCUGAAGGGGGUGUUUAGCGUCCGCAAGGGCAAGACACAGCUGCACAAGUGGGCAGAACGGCAGGUCAUCCUGUGUGGCACCUGCCUCAUUGUGGCCUCCGUCAAGGACAGCAUCACAGGGAAGAUGCACAUCCUGCCUCUCGUAGGGGGCAAGGUAGAGGAAGUGAAGAGAAGACAACACUGCCUCAUGUUCAGCUCAGCAGGACCUCAGGGUCAAACAUACUUUGUCAACUUUGAUUCGCUGUCUGACUACCAGAGGUGGCAUCGACAGGCGUCCAAAGUGGUGUCUCAGACAGUGAGUGUAGUAGACCUGUCCUGUUAUAGCCUGGAGGAAGUCCCGGAGUGCCUGUUCUACAGCCAGGACAUCACACACCUCAACCUGCGGAACAACUUCAUGAAGCCUGACAGGACAGGGGGGCUUCACAGCCUCAACAGGUUUUCUCAAAUAAAGAGUUUGAAUCUCUCACACAAUCGCCUGGGUUCCUUUCCUGAGUCUUUGUGUGAGAUCCUCACGUUAACCGAACUCAACCUUUCUUGCAACGGGAUUCGCUCACUCCCUGCCCAGAUUGAGAAUCUGCACAGCUUACAGACGCUGUCUCUGGAUGGGAAUCACCUGAGCUUGUUGCCAGAGGAACUGGGCGGCCUGUCACAGCUUAGUAGCCUGGGGCUUUCAUUUAACAACUUCUCUGAGGUCCCUGCUGUGCUGGAGAUGCUGAGUGCUGUCGACAGGCUGGCCAUGGCUGGGAACCAUCUCGAAAUGCUGGACCUGGGCACCCUGAGCAGAAUGAGCCACUUCAAGCACAUAGACCUCCGUUUGAAUGGGCUGCAAGCGGUUGUGAGUGGGGGGGUGGAGACAUUGAAGCACAUCACGCACAUGGACCUGCGUGACAAUCAUCUCUCAGUGCUUGACCUCAGUUCGGCCUGCAGCCUUGAGCAGUUGCACUGCCAGCGCAACAGCCUGGGGGCGCUCACGCUUAGCGGCUUCGCCCUCCGAGCCCUGCACACCAGUGCCAACCAUCUGAUAACUGUAAACAUCUACCCUGUUCCCAAUCAGUUAACUCACUUGGAUCUCUCACGGAAUUUGCUGGCGUACCUGCCGGACUGGGUGUGUGACACCAGGAAAAUCGAGGUGCUGGAUGUGAGUCACAAUCUGCUCACUGAACUCCCUGGCAGGCUCUUGAGCAGUCUGAGUCUUAGGAAACUGCUCGCAGGGCACAACCAGCUCCACAGCUUGCCUGACCUCCUGGACCACAUCCCCCUGGAGGCCCUCGACCUCCAGCACAACAAGCUAGGCGAGCUCCCAGAAAGCCUCUUCUAUAAGGCCUUAAAUCUGAGGUAUGUGAACGUGUCUGCAAACUCACUGGAGACUGUGCCCCCCAGCAGCCAAUCAGAAGAGAGCCUCAGUGCCCUCCAGGAGCUCUACCUCACCAGCAACAACCUGAAUGAGCAGUGCGCCGCCCUGCUGGCUGGACACCAGAAUCUCCGGGUGCUGCACAUUGCCUACAACCAGCUGCAAUCCUUUCCACCCAGCAAGCUGACAAAGUUGGAGCUGCUGGAGGAGCUGAACCUUAGUGGGAAUAAGCUUAAGACAAUCCCCUCCACUGUGGCCAACUGCAAGAGACUGCACACCCUGAUCGCUCACUCCAACCACAUUAGUGUCUUCCCAGAGAUACUCAACCUGCCAGAGAUCAAGUUGGUGGAUCUGAGCUGUAACGAGCUGACAGAGAUUCUCUUGCCUGAUUCGCUGCCCCCAGCCCUCCAAGAACUGGACCUGAGUGGGAACACCAACCUCAUCCUGGAGCACAAGACCCUCAACAUUUUUAGUCAUAUUGCCACUCUGAAACUGGACCAGAAGCCAGUGAUGUCGGCAGGAGAGUCCAUGGGUUCCUCAACGCUUUGGAAUCAUGGAUACUCUGAAAUGACGGGCCAGAAGAACAAGCUGUGUGUGUCUGUGCUGGCAGUGGACAGUUUUGGGGACAGUGUGGAGGCAGCAUAUGGGAUCUUCGACGGCGAUCGCAAUGAGGAGGUCCCGCGUCUGCUGCAGUGCACCAUGGGAGAUGUGCUGUCGGAGGAGAUCCAGCACUCUAGCAUUGACAAAGUCUAUAUGUGCAACACCUUCCUCAGCUCACAUCGGAAAUUGGGAAUGGCUGGUCAGAAGCUGGGGGCCUCUGCCCUGCUCUGCUAUAUCCAACACGACCCUGGUGACCCUGGCAGCUAUUUCAGCCUGACCCUGGCCAAUGUGGGCACGUGCCAGGCCGUGCUGUGCAGGGAUGGGCAACCUCUGCCACUCUCCAAGGUCUUCAGCCUAGAGCAAAGCGCUGAGGAGACAGAGCGGGUCAAACUAAGCAAGGCCAUCAUUACAGAGGACAACAAGGUGAGCGGAGUGACGUGUUGCUCCCGUCUGCUGGGCUGCUCCUACCUGUCUCCUUGGGUUCUCCCUAAACCCUGGGUGCGGACCGAGCCCCUGUGUGCCCAGGACGAGUUCCUAAUUCUGGGGAACCGGGCCCUGUUCGAGCGGGUCUCCUACCAAGAGGCCGUGUGCACCGUGCAGGCGGUCCGAGACCCGCGGGCUGCUGCUAAAAAGCUGUGCACCCUGGCCCAGAGCUAUGGAUGCCGGGACAAUGUGGGCGCUGUUGUGGUGUCCCUUCAUAUCGGGGAGGAAAGCUGCACCUGUGAGCUUCCCCUGGCUACUGCAGCGGGCGGAGGAGGAGGAAGGAUCUACCCCACUGCUGUGCCCCUGGGGGAUCCUGCAACCCCUUCCACUAGCAGCGGCAUAGCGUCAGAGUUCAACAGCGAAAUGUCUGCCUCAGAGGUAGGGAGUGAGGCUGGGUCGAUCGCCUCGGAUGAAAACCCUGCUGCUGGACUAGCCUCCAGACCUGAGCGCCGAUGCAGCCUCCAUCCGACUGUUUGUGGAAUUGGAGGAUUUGGAGGUGGAGGCAACAAUCUGGGGCUAUUUCAGAGGCAGCCCUCCUGCGCCACCUUCUCCAGUAACCAGUCAGACAACGGGCUGGACAGUGACGACGAGGCCCCACUAGAUGGUGUAAUUUCCAACGGGAGCAAGCUGGAAGUGGAGGUGGAUAUCCACUGCUGUGCGUUCCGGGUGAAGGGCGGGGCUCCCGAGGGGAAUGGGGGGCAGGAGACUGUAGAGGAGCAGCGAGGGUUCGCACUCCGGCUCUCGGAGGACAUAGGCAGUUGCGUCACAGCAGGAUUCGGGUGCAGGAUGCGGCGUCAAAACAGUGUGGUGGUGGCUGCUAAUGGCUGGCUCCCCUCUGUGAGCAGUAAAGAGACUUCAGAUCUUAAAAAGUCCCCGUCCACCUCCAGUCUGUUUGGGAAGAAGCUGUCUAAUGGCUCAGUGGUCACAGUAGAGGAGAGCCACAACCUCAUUGAAGUGGCCCUGGAGGCCCCCAAGAAGAAGACGGGCUACUUUGCUGCCCCUGCCCAGCAGGACCCCGAGGACCAAUUGGUGGUGCCGCCUGGUUUGGAACGGGAUGUUCGGGAGCAGCUGAGACAUCCCAAUCCAAACCCUGGCCCCCCACCCCCUCAACCAGCUCCCACCACAGGAGACCCAGACUGGGGUCAUCCCCAUCUAAAUAGUCAACAGCAGCAGCAGCAGCUGCAGCAGCCUUGGCAUGACAGCGCCCUUGCGAUACAGCAGGAGGUGUAUGACACUGCACUAUAGAGGGCAGCCAAACACACACAUAAUGAGACUGUACGACACUCAAUGCUGGGCAAUUCUACCAUGUAUCAUUCCAGUCCAGGGUUUUGUUGCAAUCAGGUUUUUGUUGUCAGUGCUUCCAGUGCCAUGGAUUUUGUUAAAAAAUUAAGGACAGGGUUUAAGACCAGAAUGAGUGCUGUUACAAAAGUGAUAAAAGUGUCAGAGUUUCCUGAUGGAGAAAGUGUCCCACAGAUACAAUGGUGUAAGAUGUGAGUGUGAUAUUUUGCGUUCUAGAAUUCAAUGCAGAUUGAAAACGAAUAUUUAUAGCUGGGUUCAAAUAAAACCUGCACUGGAAUGGCCCCCUGGUGAUAGAUUUGGCCAUCCAUUCCAUAACUGUCACUUCACCUGCAAAGAUGGAAGGAGAGUAUAUGUGUGUAUAGGAGGGUUAUCUUUGUACAAUAAAGUACUAAGUCAUUCCUACCAAGUUGUCAAAGUGGACCUAGGGAGAACAGCAGCCCAGGCUAUAGCAAGACUGGGGAAAGACCAAUGUUAUUUACUGAACUGUGUGGGGUGAAGUAAAGAGCUUUACUCUGGUACUUGAAUCAUAGCACUAGAAACCCUUUAAUAUUCAAAUAAAAAUAGAGGUCAUACUUUGCCAACUUUUAACUGUAGAUGUAUUCGUUCGAGAAAAUAAAUCUUAAAGCACAGAGAUCUUAAUAUAUUAAAUUCAUAACUAAGUAUAUUUGUACCGACUGAUGCAAGAAAGGUGUGUUAGUACUGUAUGUAAAUUGUGACAAGGGUACUCAUGGUGUUAAGAAAAAAAUAUUCUAAGCUGUACACAUUUCAUGUAGAUUAGUUAAAUUCUUUAAGAAUGAUAAUUUUAAGUAGGAGGAUGGAGGGAAUGUGCCACAUUUACUAUAAGAUACUGUGAAAAAAGUAGACAAAACCCAAAGCCUUUUUUUUUUUUUGCUAUAUACAUAUACAGUACACCAAGGGCUGGUUUUUCAAAACUGGUAAUCUGGAUCAAAGUGAUUUUGUAAUCCUGUAUUUUGUGAUCGAGAUUCCUUUUAAAAAACUAAUUUUGUAAUCAUAAUUAUUUGUAAUCUUAAUACAGCAGUGACAUUUUGUGAAAAGCCGGAUCAAAACGAUCCAGAUAAAAGUAAUCUCAAUCACAAAAAAUAGAGGAUUCCAAAAUCCGGAUCACUUUGAUCCAAGUUUUGAAAAACCGGCCCCAGGGUGUGUGGGAAUUAAAUAAAUACAGGCCUUUUUAAUGCAAAUAUAAAACUGAGCAACAGUGACAUCUGCUGGCAAAAUGGAUGUAUCACUGGGAUUGCUGGGGUGGUUUUGUACCUUGAUAUUUUAUGCAGAUCUUAAAGUGAAAGUACACAUACCCUUGUUAUUAUAAGAUUAAGAGAUUUUUUUCUGUGACAGUGUAAAUAAUUGGAUUUUAAAAGUGCAGCAUUCCACAGGGUUUUAAAAAUAAUUAAAAAUAUUGAAUGGUACAGUUAGAACUGAGGACCAGCAGACCAUGUGAAAUGCUUGUCUGUGUUGGAAAUAGUUCCAAGAGCAUGAUUGUGGGACACUGCAGUUUUAAAAGAGAGGGCUGGAUCCCUGAUAAAUUAUCAUAGCCAGAUUUGCUACCAUCCAUAUAUGGUUACUGUAAAUCACUUUAUCACUGUGGCCUCUCUUCUAGCUUUUUUGGGUCUCUCUCCCCCCCCCCCCCCCUCCCCAAAUGAAGCUCUAGCCAUACAUUCUAAGAAUGUAAGACAAAUGGUACAAGCAUUGUAUAGUUUUUUGCACAAUUUAAAGUGAUUAAAUGGCUAAAUUAACUACAAAAUGUACGGCACUGAAAAUAAAGGUGGCUUACAGUAUAUUCAAUAACCCAUUCUAAGUCUGUGGUGAUAUAAAAAUCUCUUUGUUGGGCACAAUCAAAUACCUCUCUCAACUCUUGCAUGCUUCCGUUGAGAUAGUAUCUGCAAGUUCAACAUAAUGUCGGGCAUAUGUCAAAAGCGCUGUUAAACUGUAAUGUGAUGCAAUAGUCAUAGCCAUUACUGCAAUCGUGUGUGAAGAGUGACAGAAUUGCACUGAAUGUGAGUGACCUGCAUAUACAGACUGCCAUUCAUAGAGCUCACUGACACUUGAGUUUGAGAUGGGCUGAAAUUGUUUUAACAGUCUAUUCAUAAUUCAUGGUUUAUCUUUUAUUUAUAUACCGACAGAAAAUUUGAAACAGACAAUACGUUUUAUAAGGUGUAAUCAUCAAAUCUCCUAUAUCUAUCACACUUUGGGGAUAACUUAUAACCUGCUCUAAUCGCUGUCAAUGUUCAUUGCUUGUUCUCAUGAACUAUUAUCGGCAAACAAAAAUAAGGAGGUGUUAAUAUCAAAAACGAAAGUGUUUACAUUUUUUUGUUUUUAAUAAAAAAAACUAUGUUUUUAAUAUAUAGUUAUUUUAGUCUCAUCAUGUUUCAUAAAUGACAGCCGAAGAGUGUGGAUUUGUCAGUGGUUGGAUGUGGGUUAAGUAUAGAACACCUCUGAGUACUGUGAUAUAGUGAACAAUUUAGAGUGCAUAACUGAGGACAGUAAUUUUAUUUUUGUUCAUGCAUGAGAGGAUCAAACACUGUAGAAGCACUUUGUAUAUAUUUGAAUGAAAUAUAAUAUACAAUAUAUAUCAAAUAUUUAUACAAAUGCACAUGAACUCAUAGAAGUUAAGAUUGUUGUGGCUUUUAUUGGUCACUUAGAUUUGCUAAAUCUUCUCUAAGAGAAAGCAGCCAAUCAAGCUAAUGCUUACUGUAAAUGAGACGAUUGUUAUUUUUUGCUUUUUUAUUGUGUACGUGUGUAUUUGCACAUGGAUUGCAUUUUCUCCAGUGCGGUUUACUGUAAUACUCAAUAAAGAAACUGUCAUGUUGGUAAUCCCCAUUGUUCUCGUGAACAGUUCUCAUUCUGUAUAGAUGGGACGAGCUGCAAAAAGUGUGUUUAGAUUUUUUUCCUGUUUAUCUAUCCCAUUUAAUCAUACCAAAAAGAUUACAUGCAUUCAUGCUAUCUGCAAAUCAGUAUCCUAAAUGUAAUGCGGUAGAAAUCAGGAACAUAUGAUGAAAGUAACAUCCAUAAAGUUUAAUGGAAUACUGUGAAUUUUAAGUUUUAAGUUAAAAGUUAUCCUUCUAUAGUGGAAAUCCACUUCCUGGCCUCUCUACAUACUGUACAGGAUAUAAUGUGCAAAUGCCUAUAACCACACAUGUGGAAAAGUACAAUUCUUGCAUAAGAAACAGUGUAGUAUAUAUACUCUGUGCAUAUAUAUGCUUUUAACAUACAGGGGCUUCAGAGCGGUUUAAAAUGGAAAGAAAUGUGCUUGCUAUUUGUGUACAAUUCUGAAAAAUGUUUUAAAGCAAAAGCUAUAUUGCAUCUUAAAAAUAGUGCUUAAACAGUGACCAAAGUUGUUCAAAUUCAUCCUUACUUCUGUAUACCUUUUUUUUCUUCUAGAGAUGCCUAAGUAUUUUUUCUGUAAGCCAACAAAUUUGAGGAUUAUUUUUGUACUUCACUGUCUCAUACAGAUGUAUAGAUCCACCUCUUCAGUUGAAUUUUAAUUAAGUUGAUGAAAUGUUUAGGUGAUAUCUGUUUUUAUCAAGUUGAACUUCCCAAGUGCUGAAGCGAUAAUUGCAUUUUUUUAAAUUUUUUUUUUACACAUGUAUAUUGUGAUCCACCUUGGUAAGUAACUUCAAGCUUAAGUUUUUGCAUUAUUUGCUCUGUUCAUAUGCAAUUCUAAUUAUUAAUGUAUUUAAUGUUUCAGGCAUGUCAUCAAUGUGAUUAAUUUGUGCAAAGUUAAUGUUCUAUGUUUAUAUUAUAAGAAGGCAAUGUUUUAAAUAACUGGAGCAUACAAGAUAUUUUUAUGUUUUAAUAUUUUAGCAUGCAGAGAUAUACUGUUUAAUAUAUUACUAAUGGAGAUCGUCUUCUGUGUUGGAUGUCAUUCGUUUACAGAAUUGUUUUUUUUUUUCGUUAAGAAAUUGAGAGCAUUGCUGUUCCACAGCCUGGAUUUGCUUUCCUUGUGUUUGGGGAGUAGAUGAUGGAUCAUGAUUUCACUUGAAAUGCUGCUAUAUAGAUAACGCUAAAGAAGAAAAGGUGUAUUUUUUAUUAACUUUUUAGCCAAAGUAGCAAUAAAACAUUUAUACUGUAAAAUGCAA